AUGGGGGUGAGCAGAGAGACAAUGGAUAGCAACCGCAAGAUAGACGAUCUACGGCUGGGAAGCUUGAAUAAAAUCGGACAAACGGCCCUGAUAAAUGCCUUGGUAGAACGGUGGAAUCCAGUGACUCAUACGUUCCAUCUCCCUAUAGGUGAAUUUACUAUUACUUUAGAAGAUGUAGCUUUGAUACUUGGACUUCAAAGAACUGGGCUACCAGAUACAGGGCCAACCAACAGUAAUCACAGAUCCAUGGUGCAAGAAUGUCUGAUGAACUUUGGAGUUGCCCCAACAGCGAGUGAAUGCAGAGGUAGCUUUAUCAAGCUAACAUGGUUGCGUAAUGUUAAGCAUGGAAUAAUUUUGAUUACUCAUGAGGCUAUGAAGCGUUAUACCAGGUGCCACAUUAUGUCGCUGUUUGGUACCACGUUAUUUGAUGACAAAUCCGGUGCGGUGGUGCAUUGGAAAUUUCUACCCUUGCUCUGUAAUAUUCCUAGAAUCAGGACAUAUAGUUGGGGAUCAGCUUGUCUUGCCCACUUGUAUAGGUCUCUGUGUAGGGCCACGCAAUAUGAUUGUAAAUAUUUGAAUGGGCCUUUAGCACUGUUGCACGUGGAAUGA